AUGCAUGAGAAGCCAAAGAGAUCUGCUCUGAACCAGCUGACCAGGAUCCUACUGAGGAAAUACGACUGUGGCGUUCGACCUGUUUAUAACUGGACCACUCUUACCACUGUCUACAUAGACCUCAUAUUGCAGUCUGUCCUGGAUGUGGAUGGAAAGACACAGAGCAUUACAACAAGUAUUUGGUACAGACAGAUCUGGACUGAUGAGUUUCUGGUUUGGGACCCAGAGGAGUUUGAUGGUAUCAGUGAGAUCUCACUGUCAUCUGAUGCCAUCUGGAUACCUGAUGUUAUCGUUAGUGAAGUUGUGGAUCAGGGAAAGUCCGCUCCGAUCCCCUAUGUUUACGUCAACUCCUCUGGCUCAGUUAAGAACUACCGGCCCAUUCAGGUGGUGCUGGCCUGCAGCCUGGAGAUGUACGCCUUUCCAUUUGACAAGCAGAACUGCAGCCUCACCUUCCGCAGCUGGCUUCACUCAGUGAAGGAAAUAGACCUGGCUCUAUGGAGGAGCGCAGAGGCCAUUGCUAAUGAUAAGAGGGAGUUUAUGAAUGAUGGAGAAUGGGAACUGCUCUCCAUUCCUUCACGCUACUGGCAGUUCCACCAAGACGACACCGACUAUGCCCACAUCCAGUUCAAUGUGUUGAUCCGCCGGCGCCCCCUGCUGUAUGUGGUUGGCCUCCUCAUCCCCAGCAUCUUCCUCAUGUUGGUAGAUGUGAUCAGUUUCUACCUGCCUCUGAACAGUGGUACACGAAUUGUCUUCAAGAUUAGCAUUCUGCUGGGCUACACUGUCUUCAGAGUCAACCUGACAGAUGAAAUGCCUGCCACUGCUGUCAGAACACCACUCAUAGGUGUGUUCUUCGUGGUGUGCAUGGCCCUGCUGAUGCUCAGUCUGAUCAAAUCUAUACUGGUGGUGAAGCUGCUCCACCACAGUGAGGAGGAGGUCAGGCAAAUGUCAGUGUUUGCCUGCCUGCUAGACAAGUAUGGCUCAACUGGUCACAGCUUCACUGACAGCGCUUUAACCUCCAUCAGAACCCUUGAUCACAUCAACCCAACCGGAGAGUAUGAGCUUGAGCCAUCACUGGAGGGUGAUCUGCUGUCCCUGACUGAGAUCCAGGAUACUCCCUCUGGGCUAGAGUGGCUCCUCCGAGAGCUGGUUUCUCUCCGCCUAGCCUUAUUCCAGGAGGACAAUGAGUCUUUAGGUCAGGCUGAUUGGCUAGCCCUCUGCUUGAAGCUUGACUGCUUCCUCUUCCGACUUUAUCUGUUGGUUCUGGUCUUGUAUACUAGUACUUUGUUUCUGCUCUGGGCCAGCUGGAGCUUUGCCUGA